AUGGUUGCCUUCAACACGUACUUUGCUCUUGCUCUCGCCCUUGUCGGGUCCGUCGUGGCUGCUCCCACUGCCGUUCCUGAGGCGGCCCUCGAGAAGCGUGUUACACACACCGGCCGCGGCACUUUCUUCAACGUCGGCCUCGGAGCGUGCGGCAAGACGAACGUCGACAGCGACCACAUAGUCGCCAUCCCGUCCUCGCGCUUCGCCAACGGCGAUCACUGCGAGCAGUUCGUGCAGAUCACCAACACGAAGACCAAGAAGACGGCGCUGGCGCUGGUCCGGGAUUCCUGCCCGGGCUGCGGCGGUGGCGACCUGGACAUGAGCCCUUCGCUCUUCCAGGCGCUUGGUGCGACCCUUGACCAGGGUGUGAUGACUGUAUCGUGGCACUUCAUGAAUAAGAGCUUCCGCGGAUAG